UAACAUUAUCACAUUAAUGUUAUUAUCUUCCGCCGUCGACGACGCGCGGACGUUUUGUAGCAGAAAAUAAAACAAAUGAUAUAUCUGGUGAUCUGGGCGGGCGCGCUGACGGCGGCGCUCGCGCUGUACUUCAGGCAGGUGUACUCGCGGUUCAGCCGCUACGGGGUGAGGGCCAAGCCUGUCGUCCCCCUGCUGGGAAACAUGACUCAGGUCAUGCUCCGCCGGAGACACUUCACUGAGGACAUGGAUCAGCUGUACGGUGACCUGGCCGGGGAGAGAUUCAUAGGCAGAUACGAGUUCCUGCAGCCGUCGUUGGUGAUAACGGACCUAGACCUCAUCAAGCAGGUCGCCGUCAAGGACUUCGAGCAUUUCCUCGACCACAGGGGCUUCGUGGACGGUACUGUGGAGGCGUUAUUCGCCAGAAAUCUGUUUGCACUCAGAGGUGAUGAGUGGAAGGACAUGCGGUCGACGCUGAGCCCCGCCUUCACCAGCUCCAAGAUCCGGCUGAUGGUGCCCUUCAUGGAGGAGGUCGGAAGACAGAUGAUACAAGCCCUGAAAAGGGACCUCAAAGAAAGCGGAACCGGAUCUAUCGAAGUCGACUGCAAGGACCUGACCGCCAGGUUCGCCAACGACGUCAUAGCGACCUGCGCGUUCGGUCUGAAGGUGGACUCUCACAUGGACAGAGACAACAAAUUCUUCCAAAUGGGCAAGAACGCUGCCACGUUCAAGUUUAAGCAGAUGAUUAUGUUCUUUAUUACGGCUGCUUGUCCCGCUAUCGCAAAGUGGCUAAAGUUAACGUUCUUCACGGAGGAAUCCAGAGAUUUCUUCCUCGAUCUCGUGCUCAACACGAUGAAAGACCGGGAGCAGAGAAAUAUAACAAGACCUGAUAUGAUACAUUUACUCAUGCAGGCCAAAAAAGGUAAUUUAAACCAUGACGACAGAGGUACAAGUGAUGCUGAUGCUGGAUUCGCCACGGUUGAAGAAUCCUCCGUCGGAAGAAAAAAAAUUAACAGAGUUUGGACAGAUACAGAUCUUGUAGCACAAGCCGUUCUUUUCUUCAUAGCUGGAUUUGAGACUAUAUCCGUGGCUAUGUCGUUUACGUUACAUGAACUAGCUUUACAGCCACAAAUACAGGAGCGUCUCGUUCAAGAAAUCAAGGAGAUAGACACAAAAAAUAACGGAAAAAUAGACUACACGAGCAUCCAACAGAUGAAGUAUCUCGACAUGGUUGUGUCAGAGGUCCUAAGAAUGUGGCCACCAGCCAUAUUUACAGACCGACAAUGCGCGAAAGACUACAAUUUAGGAAAGGCGAACGAUAAGGCCGAGGAGUAUAUCGUCCGCAAAGGUGAAAUAAUUGGUAUACCGAUCUGGAGCAUCCACCGCGACCCCCAGUACUUCCCCGACCCCCUGAAGUUCGACCCCGAGCGGUUCUCCGACGACAACAAGCACAACAUACACCCCAUGGCAUAUCUGCCUUUCGGCGUCGGACCCAGGAAUUGCAUAGGUUCGCGGUUUGCGCUGUGCGAGUUGAAGGUGCUGGUGUACACGCUGCUGCUGCACAUGGAGGUGUCGCCGUGCGCGAGGACCAACACCACCAGGACCCUCAGCAAGGACUCCUUCAACCUGCUGCUGCAGGGUGGACACUGGCAGGCAAUGAUAUACCUCCUCAUCUGGGCUGGUGCCCUAGUAGCAGCAGCUGCGCUGUACUUCAGGCAGGUGUACUCCAGAUUCAGUAGAUACGAUGUCAAGAGCCCCCCCGUCCUCCCCCUGAUGGGCAACAUGACCAGGAUCAUCCUUCGCAUGAGCCACUUCACGGAGGACAUCGAUAAAGCCUACUUCGGUUUUCCGGGAGAGAGAUUUAUAGGCCGCUAUGAGUUUCUUAGCCCGGCCGGUCUGGUAAAAGACUUGGAUCUGCUCAAGCAAAUCACGGUCAAGGACUUUGAUUAUUUCCUGGACCAUCGCGGAUUCACGGACGACGCUAUCGAACCUCUAUUUGCCAGAAAUCUCUUUUCACUCAAAGGUGAUGAGUGGAAGGACAUGCGGUCGACGCUGAGCCCCGCCUUCACCAGCUCCAAGAUCCGGCUGAUGGUGCCCUUCAUGGAGGAGGUCGGAAGACAGAUGAUACAAGCCCUGAAAAGGGACCUCAAAGAAAGCGGAACUGGAUCCAUAGAGGUAGACUGCAAAGACCUGACGGCUCGCUUCUCAAACGAUGUCAUAGCGACGUGUGCCUUCGGCUUGAAAGUGGACUCUCAUAUGGACAAAGAUAACAAGUUCUUCGAAAUGGGUAAAACCGCUGCCACCUUCAAGUUUAAACAGAUGAUCAUGUUCUUGAUUAAUGCUGCUUGUCCCGGCAUCGGCAAGAUACUGAAGCUAAAGUUCUUCUCGGAGGAAACCGAGCACUUCUUCCUCGAUCUCGUGCUAAACACGAUGAAAGACCGGGAGCAGAGAAAUAUAACAAGACCUGAUAUGAUACACUUGCUCAUGCAGGCUAAGAAAGGUGAUCUAACACACGAUGACAAAACUACAAGUGAUGCUGAUGCCGGUUUUGCAACUGUCGAUGAAUCAUCAGUUGGAAGGAAAAAAAUUAACAAAGUUUGGACAGAGACCGACCUGGUGGCACAAGCGGUACUAUUCUUCGUAGCUGGUUUUGAAACUAUAUCUGUUGCUAUGUCAUUCGCACUUCACGAAAUUGCGUUGAAUCCUGAGGUUCAGGAACGUCUUGUUGAAGAGAUCAAAGAAUAUGACACUAAAAAUAAUGGGAAAAUCGAUUAUACGAGCAUUCAGCAGAUGAAAUAUCUAGACAUGGUUGUAUCAGAGGUACUAAGAUUGUGGCCACCAGCCUUACUGACAGAUCGGGUUUGCGCCAAGGAUUACAAUUUGGGAAGAGCUAAUGAUAAAGCUUCAAAAGAUUAUAUCAUCCGCAAAGGCGACGUGCUCAACCUUCCGGUGUGGUCCAUCCACCACGACCCCGAGUACUUCCCCGACCCCCUGAGGUUUGACCCGGAGAGAUUCUCCGACGAGAACAAGCACACCAUACACCCCAUGGCGUACAUGCCCUUCGGAGUGGGCCCGAGGAACUGUAUAGGUUCGAGGUUUGCGCUGUGCGAGUUGAAGGUGCUGGUAUACACGCUGCUGCUGCACAUGGAGGUGUCGCCGUGCGCGAGGACCAACACCAGCAGGACCCUCAGCAAGGACUCCUUCAACCUGCUGCUGCAGGGCGGACACUGGCUGACCUUUAAACCCCGCAACGAGGUUCAAUAGAGUAUGAUAUAAAGGUGCUGGUGUACACGCUGCUGCUGCACAUGGAGGUGUCGCCGCGUGCGAGGACCAACACCACCAGGACCCUCAGCAUGGACUCCUUCAACCUGCUGCUGCAGGGCGUACACUGGCUCAUAUUCUAGCCACGAGCUCACUAGGGAGUAGGGACCAAAUAUUGUUAUAUCUAUGGCGGUAGAGCAUUCAAUAAAGACAAUGAAUAGUAUUAUUGUAUUUAAAAACAAGUUGUAUU